UCGCCAUGAAUAAUUCUCCAUGAGAAAAGUCGCCAGUGCCGUCCUCUUGCCGGUAAACUUUCAAUAAAACGUGAUUACCGCGUGUUUGAUUUGGAGGUUAUAUUCCUAGGGCGGUUAGAGAUGAUGAAAAUUUUAAGUAGUUAUUCAUACUUUUCAAGAGUAAUCCAGCAAUAAUCUUGAAAGUGGUGAUAACUCCAGUUUAGAAAUAAUUACACAUCGAAGGGUUUGGAAAGGAUAGAAAAAUGAGUUCCAAGUUCAAGCAGACUUCUCGGUCUUCUGUGAAGCAUUUAGAUCCGAAGAAGCUGGAGUUUUCAGUAUUCACUGCGGACGAUAUCAGAAAUCUGAGCGUAACAAAGAUUAGUACGCCUUUGUCAUUUAAUGUUUUGGGCCAUCCGUUGAAAGGCGGACUCUACGACAUUGCUUUAGGCCCAUUGAGGGAAAACUCAGACCCAUGCGCGACAUGCGGUCAUAAUGUUUUCAAAUGUACUGGUCACUUUGGGCACAUAGAGCUCCCUGUUCCUGUGGUGAAUCCACUGUUUCACAGAGGACUGUGCACUUUGCUUAAAUUAACAUGCCUUUCAUGCUUUACACUUCAAGUACCAAAUCAUGUUAAACUGUUAUUACUUGCGAAACUGAAGUUAUUACAGUUGGGGUUCUUAAACGAUUACGAGAGGCUGGAACAGGAAGUGUUAUCUUUGGUACCAACUUCCCGUCAAGUGCAAGAAGGCGAAACGGUGUUCAUUCGGAAUGUUAUUGACAAUUAUAUCGAGAGUCUUCAAAGUAGAGAGAGAUUUAACACGAAUUCUAUAUCUCUCCAAGAGGGUAAUAUGAAUGCAAAGAAUAUUAAUGUACAGUGGCAUGUGUUUGUCGAUUCUACCCUUAAACAAUGUAUUGUUGGGAAAGUAUGUAUUAAUUGCCAUGAGCCAAUUCCUAAGAUAAUGACGCUGAAGAAUAAAAUUAUGACGACAAAAGUUGACAGUAGUCCUUGUCCUGUAAUACCAGGCCAACGUAUUGUGCACAAGAUGGAGACUGUUUAUAUAUUGCCAGAUCAGUCGAGGGAAUAUCUCCAAAACCUUUGGAGAAACGAGCACGAAAUUCUGAAAGUUAUACUCCCUUGUUUGCGAACACUGGACACAGAGCAUCCGACCGAUGUUUUCUUUUUUGAGGUUAUACCAGUUCUUCCGCCCUUAGUCAGGCCAGUAAAUUUCCUGGAUGAUCAGAUGAUCGAACAUCCUCAGUCACAGGUUUAUAAAACCAUAAUUCAAGACUGUCUCGUGCUUAGGAAUAUCAUUCAAACGAUUCAGGAUGGAAGUACGAGCCAACUGCCCGAGGAAGGAAAGCUUGUGUUCGAGCAAAUACGAGGGACCACACCGGUGGAGAAGUUGCACAAUGCCUGGCAGAAUUUACAGGCAAACGUGGACCACCUGAUGGAUCGAGAACUGAACAAGACUACAGACUCUGCAAAUUGUCAAGGUCUAAAACAGAUCAUUGAGAAGAAAGAAGGUGUUAUUCGUAUGCAUAUGAUGGGAAAGAGAGUUAACUUUGCUGCUCGUUCUGUCAUUACUCCGGAUCCUAAUCUCAACAUUGACGAGAUUGGUGUUCCGGAAGCAUUUGCUAUUAAGUUGACGUAUCCUGUUCCUGUUACACCGUGGAAUGUUGCAGAGCUACGUCAGCUAGUUCUCAAUGGACCGGAUGUACAUCCAGGAGCAGUAAUGGUUGAGAAUGAGGAAGGUCAUGUUCAACGGAUCCAUAGCAGUGAUUCUGUACAGAAGGAAGCCAUUGCAAAACGACUGCUGACAACGAGUGGGAAAGCCAACAGAUUUUUCCAUGGUGUCAAAAUAGUUCAUCGACAUCUACAGAACGGAGACAUGAUGUUAUUAAACCGACAGCCUACACUGCACAAGCCUAGUAUCAUGGCUCACAAGGUUCGGAUCCUCAAGGGGGAAAAGACUCUUCGACUUCACUAUGCCAACUGCAAAGCCUACAAUGCUGACUUCGAUGGUGACGAAAUGAACGCCCACUUUCCACAAAAUGAGUUGGCUCGCAGCGAAGGCUACAACAUUGCAAAUGUGUGCAACCAGUACUUAGUACCGAAGGAUGGAACUCCAUUAAGUGGCUUGAUUCAGGAUCACAUGGUCUCCGGUGUGAAGCUAACGACAAGAGGAAGAUUCUUCGCAAGAGAGGAUUACAUGCAACUCGUGUACUCCGCACUCUCAGUUGUCCAGGGUAAUCUGGAAUUGUUGCCUCCUGCCAUCUUGAAACCUGUUCCCCUCUGGUCGGGUAAACAGGUGGUGUCAACAGUGCUCAUCAACAUCAUCCCCAAGGGCCGCGCGAAGAUUAACCUGACAGCAAACGCGAAAAUCCAGGCCAGAUCGUGGGAAGUGAGGAAACCGCGACCCUGGAAUUGCGGAAUUCCGUUCUCCAAUCCGAAGACCAUGUCCGAGGCCGAGGUCGUUAUAAGAGGUGGCGAGUUGCUCUGCGGAGUCCUUGACAAGACUCAUUAUGGCGCUACGCCGUACGGGCUGAUACACUGCCUUUUCGAGUUGUACGGCGGCAUUUGCUCCAGCAGGGUGUUAAGUGCCUUCGGAAAGCUCUUCCAGGCCUUCCUCCAAUUGGAAGGCUUUACUUUAGGAAUUGAGGAUAUCCUGAUCAAGCCAAGAGCCGACGCUAAGCGCAAGGAAAUCAUUAAGAAGAGCAGAGUGAUAGGAGAGGAGAUUCAAAGAUCCGCGCUGGAGAUGCACGAAGACGCGUCGAUGGACAUGGUGACGGCAAGUAUGGAGUACUCCUACUGGCAGAACCCGAAGUUCCGGGCCCACGUGGACCGGAAGUACCGGACCGCCCUGGACACCUACACGAACGAGAUAAACCGGACGUGUCUACCGGCAGGCUUGAUGAAGAGGUUCCCCGAGAACAACCUGCAGCUGAUGGUGCAAUCCGGAGCGAAGGGGUCGACGGUGAACACCAUGCAGAUCUCCUGCCUCCUAGGGCAAAUAGAGUUGGAAGGCAAAAGACCCCCAUUGAUGAUAAGUGGAAAGAGUCUGCCAAGUUUCCCAGCACACGACCCCUCGCCCAGGGCGGGAGGUUUCAUCGACGGGAGGUUCAUGACGGGGAUCAAGCCCCAGGAGUUCUUCUUCCACUGUAUGGCCGGGCGAGAAGGCUUGAUAGAUACUGCCGUGAAGACCAGUCGCUCAGGGUACCUGCAGAGGUGCUUGAUAAAGCACCUGGAGGGCCUCAUCGUCAACUACGACCUGACGGUCAGGGACUCCGACGGCAGCCUGGUGCAGAUAUAUUACGGAGAGGAUGGCUUGGACGUACCGGGGUCCAAGUUCUUGAGGAAGGAGCAGCUGGGCUUCCUGGUGGACAACCGGAACGCCAUCGUCGAGGAGGCGCUGCUCAAGGAACUGAAGGCACGCUCGGAUCUGAAGAGGACAAUGAAGAUGAUCCGGAAGAUCCAGAAGUGGGAGCAGAGGAAUGGCUCGGCGCUCCAAAAGAGGCGCGUCAGCGAUUUUGCCCUCUUCUCCAGGGAAAAUAGGCAUCCUAAUGAGGCUAGGCACCUGGCGAUUAAUCCAACCUGUGGUAGGAGCAAGGCUGCGGUCUCGGCCAUGAAGAAGUGGAUUCGAGCCGAUGAAGAGACUAGGAAAGGGUUCAGGGCAAGCUGCGAGGGCUGUCCUGAUCCUGUGAGCUCCAGGCUCAGGCAGGACCUGGAGUAUGGGGUCUUGGUGGAGAGACUGGAGGGCCUUCUCAACGAAUAUCUAGAAGAGAAUGCUAAGAGGGUGUCGUACCAUCUUAAGGUCGGGAGGGAAGACCUCAGGGACGUCCUUUCUGUCAAGUCGAUGAAGUCUUUGUGUCCCCCAGGGGAACCCGUGGGUCUCCUUGCUGCGCAAUCCAUUGGCGAGCCCUCCACCCAGAUGACCCUCAACACCUUCCACUUCGCAGGACGAGGAGAGAUGAACGUCACCCUCGGAAUUCCCAGGCUCAGAGAGAUCCUGAUGAUGGCCUCGAGGAACAUCAAGACCCCCAGCAUGGAGAUCCCCUUUAGGCAAGAUCUGGACAAUCCGAAGAGACAGGAGAACAAGCUCAGAAUCAGGCUCACCAAGUGCAAACUUGCCAACGUCCUGAAGAGCAUCCACAUCGACCGCAGGAUGGAAACCACGACUCCCAGACAACUCGUCUACACCCUGACGUUCGAGUACCUGCCCCACAAGUGCUACAAGAACGAGUUCUUCAUCCAGCCGAGACGCGCCGUGGAGCUGACGGAGCUCAUCUUCUUCAAGGAAAUGUUCAGGGAGAUCGAGAAGACCGCCAGGGUCGUCGGGACCCUCCUGCACGUCGAGUCGGAGAAGAAGAAAGCCGGCAACGAGGACGCCAAGCUGGACGAAGAGGGCCCCGAAGGCGAGGCAUCGGUUCCAGGUUUCUCCAAGUCCGACCUGGGGGAGAUGCACGAGUCCUCGGAUGAGGAGGAAGCCGCCGAAGACGCCGACGCGACCGUUGCCAGGUCCGUCUCGAGGCACAAGGAGAACCAGGAAUACGAAGACCCUGAAGAGGAUGAAGAAGAGGGAGACGAAGACGAGGAUAACGAGGACGGCGAGGAUGUCGAGGACGAGCGCAAGGUCCUGGACAAAAGGAAGGUCGAUGAAUUCCUUGAAGAGGAUGCUGAAAAUCAGGCCAACGAGUGGACGGACGACGAACAGAGGAAGGCGGACGUCAUCGACAUGUACUCGCAUGCCCUGGAGUACGAUUUCGAUACUGGGAAACACCUUUGGUGCAAGCUCAAAUUUUGGUUGCCCCUCAAGAUGACCAAGCUGGACCUGCCGACCAUCCUGAGGAACGUGGCCGAAAGAGUUGUCCUCUGGGAGACGCCGCGCAUAAAGCGAGCCUUCACCUUUGAGAACUCUACUGGGGAAACGAUCCUGAAAACAGACGGGCUCAACAUCAUGGAGAUGUUCAAGUACGGCGAAAUCUUGGACCUGCAGAGGCUCUACUCGAACGACGUCUACGGGGUCUCCCAGACCUAUGGAAUAGAAGCCGCUAACAGGGUGAUCGUCAAGGAGGUCAAGGACGUCUUCAAGAUGUACGGCAUCACGGUGGACCCUAGACAUCUCCUGUUGAUAGCCGAUUACAUGACCUUCGACGGUACUUAUCAACCCCUCAGUAGGAAAGGCAUGGAGGACUCGUCAUCGCCACUCCAGCAGAUGAGCUUCGAGAGCUCCUUGACCUUCCUGAAGAACGCCACUCUGCAGGGAAAGCAAGAUGACCUGGUUUCACCUUCGAGUAGAUUAAUGCUGGGUCAACCUUGCAAAGCUGGCACCGGGGCGUUCUCUCUGCUUGUCAAAGUGUAAAACCUCACACCGAUGCACAUGUAGUCUUUUUACAAUCGAACUCUUGUACGAUACAUGACUUUAGGCCCUUCGAA